CCCAAUGGGAGCCAGAGUGGUGUUUGGAAGUCCUGGGAUAAUUACAUUCAACGUGUUAUUCUUUUUCACUUUAUACAUUAUUUAAAAGGAAGACAGUGAGGGUCAGACGGUGAAGGUGAAUGGCUAAGGAAGGAAAUAUCAAAGACAAGAAAACAAGGAUAGUGCUUAGUUCCCCUUCUCAGUGAUCAAAGACUUAUAGCAAGCAAAUUCACAGCAGUUGCUUCCUCUGUAGUAAGAACUCAAUCAAAUCUGUGAGACCAUAAAGCUUCACAAUAGUCAAUGCCAUAUGCUACUUUUAAUUGGACUGGCUUUAAAAGAGAGCUUGUGCUCUAAAUGAAGAAGAAAAAACAUGACCACAUUUCAGAGUCGUGCCCCUCAUUACUUAGCUUUACUCAAAUGAACGUAACCUUUGAUUAACAAAUACUUGGGGAAGAAAAAGGCCAGCUGUUAGCAGAUAUGAACGACAACGUGAGCUCCAGAAUCGACACCCCAACCAACAUCUCUCUGAGUCCUAGUGUCGCCAUCUCGGAGUCAUUGGAGUUCAAGACAGUGUCCGUGUUUCUGGUCCUGCUGGUGUGCAGCAUUGGCAUCGUGGGCAACAUUAUGGUGGUCCUCGUGGUAUUCACCACUCGCCACAUGAAGACACCAACCAACUGUUACCUAGUCAGCUUGGCUAUAGCCGACCUGACGGUGCUGGUGGCAGCGGGGCUGCCCAACGUGUUGGACAGUCUCAUAGGCACAUGGGUUUUUGGCCAUGCUGGCUGCCUGGGGAUCACCUACCUUCAGUACCUAGGCAUCAACGUUUCCUCUUGCUCCAUCACCGCCUUCACAGUGGAGAGGUACAUAGCCAUCUGCCAUCCAAUGAAGGCUCAGACAGUGUGUACAGUGUCCCGGGCCAAGCGGAUCAUUGCAGGGGUUUGGAUCUUCACCUGUAUCUACUGCAUGCUGUGGUUUUUCCUGGUGGACAUUCAGGUUAGCCAGGACGGACAUGUGCAGUGUGGCUACAAAGUGAAACGGGAGCUCUAUCUGCCCAUCUACCUCAUUGACUUUGCCAUUUUCUACGUCAUCCCGCUGCUCCUCGCCAUCGUGCUGUAUGGCCUGAUAGCACGGAUCCUCUACCUCAGCCCCCUGCCCAACCAUCCAGACACCAGCGCCACUACACUGCGUUGGAGCUGCCGGGAAGUGUCUGAAGCAGGAAAGGGGGGUCGCCAGGGCCGGCCAAAGAGCACGCUCUCCUCCAGGAAACAGGUGUGUGCCUAAUCUCACAUUUACCCCCUUUCCCAUGAACCACUUCUGCGCUCUCCUUCCUUGUUGUUACAUCUUGUCUUAUCUAUCAAGUAAUUGCUUUGCGAUAGCUUUAGUCACAUUUGACCCGAGUCUCGUCUUUGGCUGUGUGUGUGAUCUACUGGGAAUAUAAAGGCCAUGAUUCCCUUUUAAGAGCGUGGUGAUGAUGUGCCAGCUAUCCGUUGCCUCAGAAAAGUGGCCUCUUGUCGGCUCUCUGUCCUGGCUGUUGCGUGGCCCUGAGGGCAAUCGUGGCAGUAAUGGCUAUUUUUCCUCAGGGUGAGCAGUCAAAGAGCCUUUUACUGAGAAAACCUUGUCUCUCCCAGAUUGAAUGGUAUUGCUCUGUAGUGCUGCUUUGUCUCUGUGCUCUUGAAUGUAGAAUCCAUUCUCUUAGGCUUUUGGGUCAUAAGCGACUAAGUUAUUUUUACUCCAGAAGGGACUAGUUUUGUCUCCCCAU